CCAAUGGCGUUCCCCAUUGCUCAAAGAUGGCACCUUUCCUUCUCUCCCUCCUCUUCUCUUCCAUUCUCCUCUUCUCCUCCCCCUCUUCCCGAUUCUCUCAAGCUCUCACCCUUCCCGCCGACGCUGCUUUCCCUUCCGAUCAGGCUGAGAGGUUCAUCCGCGCCCUUAAUCUCUUUCCCAAGGAUCUCUCCCCCGAUUCCGGCUCCGCGGCGUUCCACCAGACCAAUGGGCGGACCAUCGUGGAGAAGCCUUUUUCCCUUCCGGGACUUUCGGGUGGUGAUUCUAUUGAGGAUCUUGGGCUUCAUGCUGGGUACUAUCCCCUCCCCCAUUCCCAUGACGCAAAGAUGUUCUACUUUUUCUUCGAAUCGAGGAAUAGCAAGGAUGAUCCUGUGGUUAUUUGGUUGACUGGAGGACCGGGUUGUAGCAGCGAGUUAGCUGUUUUCUAUGAGAAUGGACCUUUCACUAUUGCUGACAACAUGACUCUUGUCUGGAAUGACUUUGGUUGGGAUAAGGCAUCGAACCUUAUAUAUGUGGAUCAGCCCACUGGAACUGGUUUUAGCUAUAGCUCAGACAGGCGUGAUAUUCGACAUGAUGAGAAGGGUGUCAGUGACGACCUAUAUGAUUUUUUGCAGGCUUUCUUUGCCACACACCCAAAGUACGCCAGUAAUGAUUUCUAUAUAACUGGUGAAUCAUAUGCUGGGCAUUACAUUCCGGCUUUUGCAAGUCGAGUUCAUGCAGGAAACAAAGCUAUGGACGGGUUGCACAUUAACUUGAAGGGCUUUGCUAUUGGUAACGGACUCACAGAUCCUGCAAUUCAAUAUAAAGCAUACACAGACUAUGCGUUGGAUAUGGGAGUUAUUCACGAAGCUGAAUAUAAAAGGAUUAACAAGAUAUAUCCUGCAUGUGAACUUGCUAUUAAGCUAUGUGGUAAUCGGGGGACAGUUACUUGCUUAGCAUCUCUGCUGGUUUGCAAUGCGAUAUUUAAUUCAAUUAUUAAGAUUGCGGACGGAAUAAAUUACUACGACAUCAGGAAGCAAUGUGAGGGAUCUCUGUUAUGAUUUUUUUCGAACAUGGAAAAAUUCCUCAACCUUAAAUCUGUUAGAAAGUCUCUUGGAGUCGGUGACAUAGAGUUCAUUUCGUGCAGUCCCACUGUUUACCAGGCGAUGCUUACCGACUGGAUGAGGAAUUUGGAAGUUGGUAUUCCUGCUCUACUUGAGGACGGCGUGAAGGUCCUCAUUUAUGCCGGGGAGUAUGAUCUUAUAUGCAACUGGCUCGGAAAUUCAAGGUGGGUACAUUCCAUGGAGUGGUCCGGUCAGCAAAAGUUUGUCUCAUCAUCGGAGCUUCCAUUCACUGUCGAUGGAGCUGAAGCAGGACUCUUGAAAACUUAUGGACCACUAAGUUUUCUCAAGGUUCAUGAUGCCGGGCACAUGGUCCCGAUGGAUCAGCCGAAGGCUGCAUUAGAGAUGCUGAAAAGGUGGACUCGAGGGGAGCUUGCUCAGUAUUCUGAAAGCAAUGAACUUCAUGCCGAAAUUUAAUAUAUCUAAUUACGGCAAAAAUUUAAUACUACUAAUUAAUCACUUAUCGCUAACUAUGAAAUGGUGAGAUGAUAAAAACAUUUCUGCUUGUUUUUUUCUUGUUUUUUUUUCUGAUGGAAUGAGAGAAAAAUGCAAAUGUAUUUGCAGAUAAACUUGAAUAUAUAUGUUUCAGAUGUGCUGGGUUGUGAAA